GACGCCAUCCUCAUGGCUAUGCGGCAAAGGCAGUGGCAGGAAGAUCCGCCUGUGUUUGUGAUGAUAUCCACAGAUAGUUCGCCGCAGGGGGGCUUGGACUACAUCAUGUCGAUUGAAGACCGGGUUACCCGCGCUGCAGCGGCAGACCUUGUGGCAGCCGCGGAUGAUGAAGGGCGCCUCGAUGAAUGGCAUGCUGAGGAUCGAGUCUUCACUUCGCAGUUGCCCUUGGCCAUCUCUGGAUCUGGCAACUCGGGGCUUUCUGGGAAGUAUGAAGCUCUGUUCCACUCUGUCAAGCUCGACAUCGGGAACAAGCCGAGCGAUCUGCAGCGCUACUCUAUGGGGUCAUGCGUUAGCUUCACCUCAGACUAUGGCACGGAGAGCUUGUUCACGGAGGUGCCACCUCUUUGUGUGGAGGACUUGCUAGCAACAGCGCGCCUCCAUUCUGGAAAUGUGCUUGCAACUCCGCCGACGCCAGCGCGGCCUUCAGCCGGCAGCGUUCGCCUUUGCCUGCCGGAUGAUGAUGAUGAUGAUGAUGGUGCGCCAGGCCUGCCUGGACCUGGGCCUGGGCGAUGUGAGCCUGAGCCGGAGCGACACUUCUGGACCUUGGCAGGGUCGCUAAUGCUCCCUGGCCUAAAGCACGUCUUUGACAAUGUCAGCGGAGACGUUCUUGGCCGGAUGCGGGGCUUCCGGGACUGGCAGGAAAAGCUGCAGUCCUUGAACAUGCUCCUCUACCAGAAGUACUACAGGGACCGCGUCAAGGUGCUCUUUGACAGGGACCCGGUUUGGAAGCGCCUCUUCACGCACUAUGAAGGCGGUAACCUCAUCCUUUGGAGGUGGGGGAGCCUUGUUGAAGUCUGCGAGGCCAUCCAGAAGAGGGAGGGAGCCUUGAAGGCAAGAUGGAGCCUGAGCAGUUUCCUGCGCGUCGGCCACAACCUGCCCGCUGAGGAUGACGAGGAGGGACCAGCUCCCUUCGCGAGGGCAACCGCCACUGCCAACUUCAACCUCGCAGAUGAGGCCAUCAGGUCUCCGUACUUCUGGUGCUACUUGAGGAUGAUCUUGCUUGUCCACGGCAUGAUCAAUGACUUGGGCACAUGGGCUGAAGGGUGUUCCUGUCAUGGCUUCAGCCGACGAGGAAACUGCCAGCUCAAAGGGCGACGGUCCGCGGAAUGCGCAGCAGGAGUGUACGACGACUUUCUGGACACCACGCUAGCAGUGGCUUCAAGCUUUUUCGCAGUGGCAGUUGCUGGCCUUGCUCCCGAAGGAGAUGAGUGGAACAACUUGCGCUCGGAUUGGAACUGCGCCUUUGACGUGAUUGCAACAGAGGUAAGGACCAAAUGCGCCCACUGGCGCCAACUUCCCUGGCUGCUGUGCGGGGUCUCGCUACCAGAAGAGGAACACGCCCGUGCCAUUGCUCGCAAGGCCAUUCGCCUCCACGACGACGAGUCAAAGAUGGAUGCGCUCACGCUUGCAGGGCGCAAGCACCCGCUGUCCCAGCGCUUUCUACGGUACUCCUUCACGCCUGCGAAUGGCGACCUUGACGCCGUGCCUUUGAGGCCGGGCGUGCCCAAAGAGAGUUGCGGCCACAGUUGGAUCUCUUCGUUGAAGGAGCGAGCAUCAGAUCGCCUGAUCUUCAGCGUCUACGUGAGUGGCUGGGCGCUUUGCGCCUCGUACGGCUUGUGGAUGAUGCUGGAGCAUCUUCGCAACACUGCGGACUGCCACGAGUACUACUCUCUGGAAGCAGCCUUGGGGCGUGGCGCUGGCACAGCCGCUGGCGGCGCUCCGGCUCCUGCGCUGGCCAACGCGCCUGACAGGCCGGCAAAGCAGCUGAAGCUUGAAGACCCGGAUGAGGAUGGGGGCUGA